AGAUUCUUGAAUACUUUUUGAUUGUUUUUGUUUAAGCUUUUGUAAUCUUACUAAAUUAAAACAACCGGUCAUUGAAUCAUUUUCUUCUCCCCCGAGAAAUCUAAUCCUGAAAUAAGAAAAAAAAAAUGGAGAAAAUCAAGAACUUGAAUACUUUCCACUUCCUCUUCCUCGAUCUAACAUUCUUCUUCUUGUUCUUUUCCCCAAGAAUAGUAAUUCAAGCCACUCCCACAAGUUACUGUGGUAAAAUCAAAAUCCAAAAACCUUUCUCUCUUCAAAACUACAAUGAACCUUCUUCAGUUCUAAGCCAAGUGCUUCUUUGCAAAUCUCAAAAUCUUUAUUUUAGAACUUCCAUUGGUCUCUUCCCAGUCUCUUCAAUUGAUUACGAUUCCAAAACACUCACUGUUUCUCACUUCUCCUCCUGUUCUCCAGCUUCACAAAAGUUCAUCUCCCCAAAUCUCCUCACAGCUGGUUUUCCUUCUCUUACUGAUAAACCCAAUUCUCUUUUACUCUUUAACUGCUUGAAACAAAGUAAACCUAUGUCUUCACUUUCUCAUAACUGUACUAAGUUUUAUGGCUGUGAAAAAAUGUCCACGUCUUUAGAUAGUUCGUCUUCUUGCUGGUUAUUUGACGAUUCAGAGAAACUAGAAAUCGGUUUUGAUCCAAAAAAAUUUAACUGCUCACACUACAGUAGAAUAUACAAAGAUUCGUCUAUUGGUGAAAAGUAUGAACUGGGAACAAGGAUUUCUUUUGACAUUCCUGACCAUGUACCUAAUAUUUGUGAUAAGUGCAGAAAACAAAAUGGCAACUGUGGUGUUGGUCUGAAGUGUGUUUGCUACCCUAAACAAUGCAGUUACUUAUGCAAAACCAAAACUAGAACCAAUUUCGGGAUGGUGAUAAUAUAUUGGGCUGCAAUGAUAAACCUACUGUUACAAGAUCAUAUGAUUCAUAUGAUAACGUAUGUGCUGCAAUCACCUGGUCCUCAUCAAAUGCUAUUAUGGUUCAAUGGGUAGUUAUAAAAGACCAAGGACAUUUAAUACUUGGACAGUAGUAUUAAUGGUCCAGCGUUAUGUGGGGAAAACGAAGAAGACUGGACGGACACGGACGUACACAAAUUGAUAAUGCUGGUGGAUGGUUGGGCAUUUGAGCUUAGUGAUUGGGAUGUCCAAAAUCCUCCCAGCACCGUGGUUUAGUCCGAUUUCACCUCUGUUCUCCUCCAAGAUGAAACAUAAAAGUGACGUCGGUCCCUAAUCUUGGUAAUUUCUUAGGGGGAAACAAAUUUUCUUAGGCUGAGUGGUGUGGAAAGAAACAUGGGGAUGAUAGUGACAGCCCGUCGUGGCUAGAAGUCUAAUACAAAUGCAACGGUUUUCUCUCUGCUCGAAUCCAGGGGAUGUGAGUGGGAAUUUAAACAUAGGCGAGGUCUUGGACAUCGCCAGAAAAAGUGCUUUAGCGAGGCCCAAGACAUCGCUUUUCCUGAACUCAGCGAUGUUGCUAACAUAGCUUGUGGGCGACCACAGUGACAUCGCCCAGAAAGUCCAAGCGACUACACCCACCUUGCCUAUUUUAAAUAUUUGUUUGACAUUUUUAAUGUUACACCCCGUUACACCAUGCGACAAAAUUUACACUCUAUGUAUGUAAUUCGUGCUCUCCUUGUAUCGAUAAAAGAGUUGUAAGCCUAACUCAUCCAAUAACAUAUUUAUGUUCCUCGC